AUGGAUUAAGAAGCAAUCUUAAAGUUAAAAUGUUUAAAAAAUGAUCAUUUUUUUCAGAUAGAAACUGUUUGUUAUAACUAAUUUUGCCAAGAAUUCCGAUUAAAUUGUCUAAAAUGCAUCAAUGAAGGAGCCCAUCAUUCUCAUUUUAAUGAUGUUCAAAAAGUACACAGCUUGGAGGAAUUAAUUGAAAAUUGUAAUAAGGAAUGUAAUAAGUUUAUUAAUGAACUUAAAAAUUUUAUCGAAGGUUUGAAUUAAUCAUUCUCAUAAUUUACAAAGGGAAUAAGAGAAAAAUAUUCUUUAUUAAAUGGAAAAUGUUUGAAUAUAAAUUUGUAAUAAAUCAAUGAUUUCUUGAAUUAAGCUCUAGAAUUCAAAGAAUACAGAUAGUCGAUUACAAAUAUCAUUUAAGAAUAAAGUAAAAAAAUAAAUCAUUCAUUUUAAAAUUUAUAUGAAUAAUUAAAAUUAUAAUAACUUAGUUAUAGUUUGAAAAAUGAUAAUGACAUUAAAUAAUCAUAAGAAUUUUAUAGUAAAGGUAAUCAAUCAGAUUAAUAAAAUCUUUAGGUUAUAAAUUAUAUUGUGAUUCUCAACUUGAUUAAUCAAUAGAAUUGUUAGAUGUAUCAAUUUAAUUAGAUCCUAAUAAUUUUCAAUCUCUAUGGUGUAAAGGUAAUGAUAAUAUAUUAUUGUUAUUAGGAGCAUGUUUAAGAUUGUAAGAUAAAUAUGAUGAUGCAUUAAUAUUGUUGGAUAAAGCAUUAGCUAUUAAUCCUAAGCAUGUUAAUUCCUUAAGUAAUAAAGGUAGAUAUAAUUUCAAUUAAAUUAUUAGGUGCCUGCUUAAGAUCACUAAAAAGAUUUGACGAUUCUUUAAAGUGUUUUGAUUUAGCCCUCUCUAUUGAUCCCUUUAACACCUUCUCACUACAAACCAAAGGUAUUUUAUUGUUUUAUUUUUUAGGGUUAUGUUUACAAGAUUAAAAAAAAUAUAGAGAAGCUGUGAUUUAUUAUGAAAAAUCAUUAAAGUAUAAACCUAAUGAUAAAUGGGUAAAAAACUAAAAGGGUAUACUUANGCUCAUUAUUAUAUUAAUAUCAGUUACAAGUAAAACUUCUUUGAGUUCCUCAAUAAGUGCUGACUUAAAAUCUAUUAUUUCAAUUAUAUAUAUGAUUUCUAUUUAAUUAAACUAAGUUGCAAUAAUCUAAAAAAAAAUUCUCCAGUAUUAGUAAGAUGUGUUAGUUCCUUUCAAUUAUUCUUCAUCAUUAGAAAAUUAUUUAUCUAUAAUAAUAUACAUUUAAAUCAAAAAUAUUAUUUAAUAGACUAUUUUGGAAAAUCAACUAAAACCUUAUUUUAAUAGAAUUAGCAUUCUAAUACCGAAUAAUAAUAAUAAAUAUAAAAGUUUCUAAGAUGGAUUAAGAAGCAAUCUUAAAGUUAAAAUGUUUAAAAAAUGAUCAUUUUUUUCAGAUAGAAACUGUUUGUUAUAACUAAUUUUGCCAAGAAUUCCGAUUAAAUUGUCUAAAAUGCAUCAAUGAAGGAGCCCAUCAUUCUCAUUUUAAUGAUGUUCAAAAAGUACACAGCUUGGAGGAAUUAAUUGAAAAUUGUAAUAAGGAAUGUAAUAAGUUUAUUAAUGAACUUAAAAAUUUUAUCGAAGGUUUGAAUUAAUCAUUCUCAUAAUUUACAAAGGGAAUAAGAGAAAAAUAUUCUUUAUUAAAUGGAAAAUGUUUGAAUAUAAAUUUGUAAUAAAUCAAUGAUUUCUUGAAUUAAGCUCUAGAAUUCAAAGAAUACAGAUAGUCGAUUACAAAUAUCAUUUAAGAAUAAAGUAAAAAAAUAAAUCAUUCAUUUUAAAAUUUAUAUGAAUAAUUAAAAUUAUAAUAACUUAGUUAUAGUUUGAAAAAUGAUAAUGACAUUAAAUAAUCAUAAGAAUUUUAUAGUAAAGGUAAUCAAUCAGAUUAAUAAAAUCUUUAGGUUAUAAAUUAUAUUGUGAUUCUCAACUUGAUUAAUCAAUAGAAUUGUUAGAUGUAUCAAUUUAAUUAGAUCCUAAUAAUUUUCAAUCUCUAUGGUGUAAAGGUAAUGAUAAUAUAUUAUUGUUAUUAGGAGCAUGUUUAAGAUUGUAAGAUAAAUAUGAUGAUGCAUUAAUAUUGUUGGAUAAAGCAUUAGCUAUUAAUCCUAAGCAUGUUAAUUCCUUAAGUAAUAAAGGUAGAUAUAAUUUCAAUUAAAUUAUUAGGUGCCUGCUUAAGAUCACUAAAAAGAUUUGACGAUUCUUUAAAGUGUUUUGAUUUAGCCCUCUCUAUUGAUCCCUUUAACACCUUCUCACUACAAACCAAAGGUAUUUUAUUGUUUUAUUUUUUAGGGUUAUGUUUACAAGAUUAAAAAAAAUAUAGAGAAGCUGUGAUUUAUUAUGAAAAAUCAUUAAAGUAUAAACCUAAUGAUAAAUGGGUAAAAAACUAAAAGGGUAUACUUAAUUUGUUAAUUUAGAUUUUUGUGAACAGAAAUUGAAGGAAUGA